CGGCCGUUCUACAACAUACACAAGGCAACAAGCGUUCUCUAUCUCAACUCCAGCUUCACAAACAUCGCCAACCUCAAAAUAACUGUCAAUUAUUUGUUCUUUCUACCUUCAGCCUGAUUUCAACCUAGAGAACUCGACAAGAGUUUUAACGGCACUACAGAGAUGGCGGCAAGAAUAUUGGUACUGGUGAUGGUGACUGGUGCCGCCGCCCGUUGUCUCCCACACUCUCAAGUUAACGCCCCUACCCUGCCACGUACUACCGUCAACAGGCCUGACCUGGCCGACCCUCAGAUUUACAAGGUUGCCCCACUAGACUCUGAGGUUAACGCCGUUGCCCUGCCACACCCUAAAGUUAACGUCGUUGCCUUGUCACAUCCUGAAGUUAACGCCGUUGCCCUGCCACACCCUAAAGUUAACGUCGUUGCCUUGUCACAUCCUGAAGUUAACGCCGUUGCCCUGCCACACCCUAAAGUUAACGUCGUUGCCUUAUCACAUCCUGAAGUUAACGCCGUUGCCCUGUCACAACCCAAAGUUAAUGCCGCUGCCCUGCCACACCCUGAAGUUAACGCCGCUAUCCUGUCACACCCUGAAGUUAACACCGCUGUCCUGUCACACCCUGAAGUUAAUGCCGCUGCCCUCCCAGGCCCUGAAGUUAAGGCCCGUCUCCGGCCCGAUAUUGCCGCCAACAGCCCUGCCCUGCCCGAUGCUGCCCUUAACAAGUUUACCAGCCCAGUGGUUACAGGAGAUAAAAGUGACAUCAUCAUAAAGCCUGGUGGUUUCAUGAUGAAGCCAAGUAGCACCAUGAGGAAGGCAUAUAGCGCCGUGGUAAGGAUAGGUGGCAUCCAGAACACCCUGAGCACCACAACCCUGGACCCGUUUAUAGAAUACUGCAAGGAAGCGUGCCAGGAGGGUGUGGGAGGACCCGAGUGUAACUGCCCUGACCACCCUAUUGGCUAGUGAGUAGUGACCACCUACUUUACCUCCACCGUCUUGACCUGACCUCUACCAUUUAUGCCAGUGACCUGAACCUUCAUUUUCUUGACCUGACCUCUACCAUCUAUGCUAGUGAUCUGACCUCCAAUAAACUAGCUAACUCCGUCAUCCUCGCUCAUAGGCGGACCAUUCAUGAUCUGACGCAGCAUGAUGUUGAGGGUCGACGACGGUUCAACAAAUGAACUGCUACUAUAUAAAUUAUUAUUAAAUAUUAUGUUAUGAAUAUAUUUUUCUAUGCAAUAAAACACAUAUGUUGUUGUUAGUAAUGUUAAGAUAAUAAACAAUAAGAGAAAAUAA